UGACACGACGAACUGGACCAUCUGUGACACACUCAAUCGCCAAAGACAUGCAGAGCGUUGGUAAUUUCCCUAAAUCCCAAGCUUAUCGACAUCCAUUAUCAAUAGAUAAUAGCGAUAGAUCAUUUGGCGCAUCUGCACAAGCGAAAUCUACACCAGUACAACAUAUACCACCAUCGUCAAGCCCAGCUACCACAUUCGCGCGUGAUAAUAGUGCUAUUUUGGCCGCUGAGUUGUCCAGGAUGCGUCGACAGAAGGAUGAGGAAAUUGAGAAAAGAAUGCAGACAUCAAAUCAAUUAAAGGCGCAAUACGAAAUAAACUAUCGUGCUCAUGGUGAAAUUGAGACUGUACGGAGGCAGGCCUUACGCGACCAAGAAGAGUUGAAGGCACAAAAAGAGAAACUAAGAGCUGAAGUUGCGCGAUUGCAAGCACUCAACGCCGAUCUCAACACAAAGAAUGAAACUAGCAAUGAAAAAAUGGAGAUAGAUAUGAUGUUUCAGAGGCACGAAGCAGAAACAUCCAUACGCAAACAGAACCGCUCGACCGUCAGUCCUCAGAGAAGGACGAGUAGAGCGUCUUCAAUGGGUUUUCCAGGUUUACAAAACUCCUUUGCGAGGAACACCGCAGGUUUGUCACGGGGUAAAACAGCCAUGCCCGCUCCACCUAUCGCCAGCCGCAAAGAUGAAAUGGACUGGCAGAGCGAGACUAAUGAACGACGUGCACAUUCUCAACCUCGACCGACAACUUCAAAAAACGAUAGCAGUGAUUGGGAAAAAUUCACACAUUUACUUUUUAAUCAUCUUUGUUGCUAUCCUUCGACAAGAGCGUACAGGCAGCUGACGAUACAGCUCAUCCUUAACGCCGACGUAGAGUCACUCGAAUUGGACAAGUACAACAGAGCGUCUGUAGAAUUGUUGGAGACGUUCGGAGAGGAAGUCGUGGAAGGCAGAACAGAUGCAGCAUUCGCGAAGGUAGUAAAGAAUUUGAACAUUUUCGUCGAAGUUUUCCUUAAUUGUGGUAUGUUGACGCAUCUUGCUGAGACUUUAGCGCUGUUGGCAUCGUUGGUAUAUGCAAAUGAGAAGAUACUAGACUCCCUUCUAUCCCCAGUGCACGAGGUGGAUGGCAGUUCGCUUGUGUUGUCAAUCAUGAAGAUCGUGAAGAAGCACCUGAAGCCUAAAACUCAAGUGAACGAAAGCGAGGAAAUGAAAGGGUCCCAGGAGAUACUUGAAGAGAUGAUACAGGAUAACCUGAUGGAUUGUGUUCUCAACUUCGUCGAAACUGUCGUCAUGCACUCUCAAGAUUCUCAAACAGGGAAACUCAUGCCAUUAUUGAAAGAUGCUGCCGUUAUUCAGAUACCAUUAUUGUCAAGUCAGAAGCCAUGGUGUGUUUAUCGAUGGACGAGGUUUCUUGUCUUCGCGGCAGCUCAUAGAAUGAUGACAGUUGGGAUAGUCAACCAACCGCGAAGUAAACAGCUGCCUAAUGCCGAAAAUGGUUACAAUUCGACACUACUUCACUUAUUAUCAGGUUAUUUGACAAACCCGCAUGCGAAAAUGAGACCAAUUGAUAAGCACAAGCAUUUACUGUUGAUAUUGGCACUACUACAUACUAUCAUAAAAAACGAUGAGGUCAUGCUUACAUCCCUUGUCGAUUCGAAAGUCCUGAUACCGUCAUUGAUCACACUCUUAACAAAGGAUAGUGGUAUCUUAUGGAAUGAGGACAAUAUCGUCUUGUAUCCAUCAGAAGAUGAACUAUCGACUGAGAAUGUUAUAGACAGGAUAAUACCACUUACACAACUCAUUAAUUUACUUAUAACAAAC